CACCGCUGAUACACAAAGCAAAGGGAGUCUUAAUAUUUGCAAAGAAAAUAAAAUAGUAUAAAAAUUUACAGAAAUCAGACGGAAAGAACAGAGAGGGCGUGGUCACUCACUGGCGAGAGAGAUCCAAAGGCCAAAAGGAACGCAGAGAACCAGGGGAGCUGCUGCACUCCCAAUUCAACAGCAAAUCAACUCUUAACCUGCUGCAGGUCAGGGAUUAGAGAUGGGAAGGAGUAAAACAGAAGUGAAUUUUCAAAGGUUACUUGCAGCUGCACCUCAACAAAGGAAUCAUUCUAAACUCAUGCAUUAUGUUGCGACUUUACGAGAACUUUUAGAACAGUUAGCUGAAGAGAGAACACCUGAAGGUUUACCUAGAGUUUCAAGUGCUGUGGUCAAUGAUUAUUCAAAAAAGAUUGAGGAAAUUGCUUCAGAAUUAACUGCCCCACUGCCCGAAAUUAAGGUAUCCCAGGAGCCCAUCACAAGAAACUCUUUUAAGCAGAGUCCUAAAUCGGAUUCAGAAAACCACAUGCCUUCCUCUCCAGGAUUAAGAAGGAGAGUUGUGCCUGCCUCGAACAUCAAAGAUAGAACUCAUGAAAUCACUGAGGCUGAUGCAUCUGUACCUAUCAAACUAGAUGCGGCUGCAGAAGCACACAUACAGAAGCACAGAAAGCUUCAAGAGGAUUUAACCGAUGAGAUGGUUGGAUUGGCACAGCAACUUAAAGAGCGUAGUCUCAUGAUGAGCCGGUCCUUGGAGAACACUGAAAAGAUACUUGAUUCCACCGAGACAGCUAUUGAGCAGAGUCUUGCUACCACCGGGCAUACUAAUGUACGUGCGAUGAAGAUAUAUUCCGAAACCUCUAAGACUACAUGUUUUCAAUGGCUUCUAAUGUUGGCCAUGAUAUGUGUUUUCAUCAUGGUUGUGCUUCUGAUUCGUGUAACAUAAAAUAGUUCUUGAAAAUGACUACUCACCUGGGAAGACUCAUGAGGUAAAUGCUUUUACCUUUUGAAACGAUGCCUGCCAUGAUUAGCGCUUCUUCAUUCUAUCAAUGUGUUAUAAGUAGGUUUUACUGGCUAUACAUUUGUAGAAUCGAGGUUUAGUACUGGCAGACGCAACUUUUGUAGUUUGUUGCCGAUGAUGAUUAACGUUCAGUUCUGUAUAUAUUUAUCUUUUUCCCA